AUGAGAGACACCACCCCCACAAACGGUCCCACACACGACCAGUCUCACUCAGCAACGUACUACCCUGCCUGGUACCUUGCCCUAUACGAUGUCUGGGUUCUCUGGUUCUCCAGCUACUGGGUUUUCGGCUGCAGCAUAAGCAGCUACCUACUCCCACAGAUCCCUCCAACGACGCAACUAACGCUGAUGGGCAUUGAACGCGAGCCGCUGGAACUGGCGCGGCAGCGGUCGCAGCGCCCGGACGCCCGCACCGUCUGUGCGGAUAUUCUCGACCCGCUGGAACUUAAUGGAGCCCGUUUUGACUCCGUCUCUAUGUACUAUUUGCUGCACUGCGCCCGCGCGCCCGUGCUCGAAAAGUGCCGUAUCUUUGAGCGGCUGAGGCAUGUUAUGACGCCUGACGAUGUUGUUCAUGGAGCCACUAUGCUGGGCAAGGGCUACUUGCGGCGGGGCUUCUUCUACAAUAGAGAAGACAAUGCGUACGACUUUGAGAAUGCGCUAAGGCAGAAUUUUAAGAUGGUUGAGACAAGGGUUGUAGGGUCUAUGCUCAUCUUUAGGGCUGAGAAGCCCAAGUUUGCUGAUUGAGAUGUUGGUCUUGGGUUGGCGAGUUGGAUGUACGUAGUAGUGGGUGUUGUCGGCUGACAGAUGAGGGGGGGUCACGAAGGGAGUUAGUAAGUGAUCGGGGACCGCCCCACCGGGACGAAAGAAGCUAGGUAUCGAUUGUGCGACGGACGGCAAAGUGAGGAGAAGGGGGGCACGGGGGAGCAC